AUGCCGUUCUACCAGAUGUCUUCCAGCAAGCAGCGUGGGUCACUCUAUGAGCCAGCAGAUCCAGGGAGGCUGGGCACUGGAAAGUCCCACCUAUCCUGUACCAGUCAAAACCCCCCACUUGGCCAUCUCUUGGAGGCACUCUGCAAGGUGAGUGGAAUCAAGAAUCUCUAUGAGUCUGAACUGGCUGAUGCUCGAAGAGUUCUGGAUGAAACCGCCAAAGAGAGGGCUAGACUACAGAUUGAAAUAGGAAAACUGAGAGCAGAGCUUGAAGAGUUCAACAAAAGCUACAAGAAGAAAGAUGCAGAUUUUUCUGUGGCUCAAGGUCGCAUUAAGGAUCUUGAAGUGCUGUUCCAUAGAAGUGAAGCAGAACUCAAUACUGUCCUGAAUGAAAAACGCACUUUGGAAGCAGAGGUGGCUGAUCUGCGUGCCCAGCUUGCUAAGGCUGAAGAUGGUCAUGCUGUUGCUAAGAAGCAGUUAGAGAAAGAGACGCUCAUGCGUGUGGACCUGGAGAAUCGGUGCCAGAGCUUACAAGAGGAUCUGGAUUUCAGGAAGAACGUGUUUGAGGAGGAAAUAAGGGAAACAAGAAAACGGCAUGAACAUCGUUUGGUUGAGGUAGACACUAGUCGCCAACAGGAAUAUGAAUCCAAAAUGGCUCAGGCCCUAGAGGAUCUACGAAAUCAGCAUGAUGAACAAGUCAAACUGUACAAAAUGGAGCUAGAGCAGACCUAUCAGGCUAAGCUGGAGAAUGCCAAACUUGCCUCUGACCAAAAUGACAAAGCUGCUGGUGCAGCUCGGGAAGAGUUGAAGGAGGCUCGCAUGAGAAUAGAAUCUCUCAGCUACCAGCUUUCUGGCCUUCAGAAACAGGCUAGUGCAGCAGAAGAUCGCAUUCGUGAGUUGGAGGAAAUGAUGGCUGGUGAGAGGGAUAAGUUCAGGAAGAUGCUAGAUGCCAAGGAGCGGGAGAUGACAGAAAUGAGGGACCAGAUGCAGCAGCAGCUUACAGAGUACCAGGAACUGCUUGAUGUUAAAUUAGCACUGGACAUGGAAAUCAGUGCUUACCGAAAACUCCUGGAAGGAGAAGAGGAGAGGUUGAAGCUGUCUCCAAGUCCCUCAUCCCGUGUUACAGUCUCUCGGGCUACCUCCAGCAGCAGCAGUAGCAGUGCGUCAGUUAUUCGCUCUUCCCGAGGCAAGAGAAAACGGAUUGAAGCAGAGGAACUUUCAGGCAGUGGGACAAGUGGAAUUGGCACUGGAAGUAUUAGUGGCAGCAGUAGUAGCAGUAGCUUCCAAAUGUCCCAGCAAGCUUCAGCUACUGGAAGUAUCAGCAUAGAGGAGAUAGACUUGGAGGGCAAAUACGUUCAACUUAAGAACAAUUCAGAGAAGGAUCAGUCUUUGGGUAACUGGAGAUUGAAGAGACAAAUUGGAGAUGGAGAAGAAAUUGCUUACAAAUUUACUCCAAAGUAUGUCCUCAGGGCUGGGCAGACUGUAACAAUCUGGGGUGCAGAUGCAGGCGUAUCUCAUAGCCCCCCUUCUGUUCUUGUGUGGAAGAAUCAAAGCAGCUGGGGUACUGGAGGAAAUAUCCGCACAUACCUCAUAAACUCUGAUGGAGAGGAAGUUGCAGUGAGAAGUGUUACUAAAUCAGUGGUCAUGCGAGAGAAUGAAGAGGAAGAGGAUGAAGUAGAGUUUGGAGAGGAAGACCUUUUCAACCAGCAGGGGGAUCCCAGAACAACCUCUAGAGGAUGCUCAGUUAUGUGAAGAAAGAAAGAAGAAAACUAUUAUUUGCUAUUUUUUCUUUUAUUUCCUUGGGGUUUUUUUUUUGUUGCUAAUUUUUGUUCCUUCCAGAGCCACUGAAAACUAUUUUUAUAUGUAUCAUCUGAUUUCUUUAAAAUUUACUUCUUGGUACAUUUUUAUA